AACGGGUGCUUGUGGUAUCGUCUGUUGACCCGGAAGUAUUCGCACCCAGGUUGGUCAGGUGAUACCGGCCGGAUCAUCAGUCAUACUUCCAACGUGGCCAAACCGAGACGUUUUCAUCCAAGACCACAAGAUGGGAGACAUGACAACUGCCGACUCACUGAAGCCUCAGCCCAACAUUAUCUCCAGGGCCUCCACACGCCUGGCACAGGUCUGGUAUACAGUGCUCUAGAAACCCACCGAUCAUACUCGUGGGUAUGUUGUGACUUUGCUUGUCCUUUUGCAACACACUGGUUAUGAGUACUUUUAUGUGCUAUCUCUGCAGGGUUGGUACAUUGUGACAUAUGCCCUGGGGAUCUACUAUCUCAAUCUGUUCAUCGCCUUCCUCUCACCCAAAGUGGACCCUUCCAUGGAAGACAACGAGGAUGGACCGUCACUUCCAACCCGAUCCAGUGAGGAGUUCAGACCCUUCAUCAGGAGGUUACCUGAGUUCAAAUUCUGGUAUUCAGGUACAAAAGCUAUCGUAAUUGCGAUGACGUGCACGUUCUUCGAGGCGUUCAAUGUGCCAGUGUUCUGGCCAAUCCUGGUGAUGUACUUCAUCAUCCUCUUCUGCAUCACCAUGAAGAGACAAAUCAAGGUAAGGGGUCAUUGCAAAACUUCAUCAGUACUUGUGGACAAAGUCAAAUUUGUCUACAAUAGUCUGUUAUCAUGUGAAUGUCAUUGAAUUUUGCAGAUGUUU